ACAUGAGUUACACAGCAUCUACAACUCUGUACAUACUUUACAUAGUUUACAGCACUACACUUUGUGUACAAGGAUUUCAUUUUGGUUUACAUUCACCAUACACUAGGCAUAAUCAAGAAGAGUCUUAUAUUGGUGCUGAUCCAUUUAUCGGAAACACGAUAGAUCAACAGAUCUACUACUUAGAUCAGGGGAACUACAACUCUGAUCAAGGGAACUACAACUUAGAUCAAGGGAACUACAACUUUGAUCAAGGGAACUACAGGAUAGAUAAACAGAACUACAGACUAGAUCAUGGUAACUACAGGACAUUUGGAAAUUUCAGACACCCACAAGAGGCAAUUAGAAGUGACAGCAUAACUUCCAUCCAAAGUGAACCAAGUGCUCAAGUAUCGAAUAGAAAACCUUUGAAAAUUGAACCAUUUCUGCCAUUAACGCAAUUAGACACUUUGAUUGAUGAUUCCUUCAAGUUUAAGCCUAGAUCUCUGACUAAACCUCCAGGGCUUGUUGUUACUCCUUCUCCUUCAGACCUAGCUGUACAUGAAGCAGUACCUGGAAGACCCGUUGUGUCCUUUCUACAACCCAGAGUGCAUUCUCGAGGUGAAUCUACAGUCACUAGCGAAUUUAAGCCAACAAGCGAACCAAUAGUUCCGUCUUCAAGCUUAUCGCUAGAAACAAUACCAAAACCUGUAAAUAUAUCAUCAUCUCUUCCCAUCAUGAAGCCUGUUGUGGCGAUCCCACCCGUAAUGGAUUUGAUUGAGUCUAGUUCGCGGAUAGAAAGCAAGAUUGCUUCAGCAGAUUUAGAGAAUAUAUAUCCAACCUAUAGAUAUGAUCCUCAGCUGUAUUCUAAGACCCCCAAAUAUAGAUAUGAUCCAACAUUGCCUAAUCUAACCUAUAAUCACAUGGAGAUAUCUAAUGAGCCUAGAGAUGAGUUGGAUCAAGAAUUUUCUUCAGAGCAAUUUCAAGAUACAGCUCAACCAGACUAUAAUCCUGUAGAUCCUCUACUUCAACAGAACCAUGAUCAGCCAGACUAUAAUCCUGUACAUCCUCUACUUCAACAGAACCAUGAUCAACCAGACUAUAAUCCUGUAAAUCCUCUACUUCAUCAGAACCAUGAUCAACCAGACUAUAAUCCUAUACAUCCUGUACUUCAACUACAGAAACAAGAUCAACCAGACUAUGAACUUGUACAUCCAGUACAUCAACCAAACCAUGAUCAAUCAGACGACAAACCUGUAAAUCCUGUAUUACAACAGAACCAUGAUCAACCAGACUAUGAACUUGCACGUCCUAUACUUCAACCAAACUAUGAUCAACGAGACUACAAAUCUGUACAUCCAGUACUUCAACCAAACCAAGAUCAACCUGACUAUGAACUUGUACAUCCAGUGCUUCAACCAAACCAUGAUCAACCAGACUACGAACUUGCACAUGCUCUACAUUAUCCCUGUCAACAAGUACAGGAGAAUUGUCACAUCGUGGAGAAAACUAUUUGCCAUGAACCCGGCCCACCUCAAUGCAAAAUCAAACUCGUGGAUAAAGAAGAGGUGGAGUGUAGAACUGAGUAUAAGAAGGAAUGUAAGACGGUUACUGAAGAAUCUGAAUGUUUGGACCAGCUGAAUAUACAUUGUAAUCAGAUGUGUUCAAAUUCUGAUUGUGUUUCUCAUUGCUUGUCAGUCUCACGGGAACCUCAAUGCCCGCAGGAACAAAUCAAAUUCAUUAAAAUAAAUAAAAAUAUUCUUUUUCCAUGUUUAACUUAA